ACUCGCGAUGUCACGUGGUAUUACCCGCUGACGUGGGAGGCAGAUUACUCGGGUAAGAUUUGGAACAUAGCCCUAGUCGCAUAGUUCGAGUACAGUUCGAGCCACUCGCUGUCGAGUUCGGUCUUUCAGUGUUCAGCCAGUUCAGCCCCGUAAAAAGAAGCGCCUUGGUGGGUGACGGUCGUUUCUGCCCUUGUGCUUCAGACAGAAUUCCUCUCGUCUGGGGAUUGCGGUGCAGAAACAAGGGACGAAAGCACGAAAAUGCCGAUGCUGCUGUCUGACCGAUGGGCAGUGGAUCCGAAGCAGAAGCAGGAGCUCGACGAGAUCCGGCGUAAAGUGGCUGCGGAUUUUGGAGAGACGUUCCCUCCGCCGCCACCUGCACCGUCGGUUUGCCCCAGAAGGGGACUCCUGCCAUGCCCGAGGUUCACGCUGGAUGACCUGACGGGAGUGCGGGUGGAGGUCGGGCAGAGGCCGGGCCAGCGCCGGGUCUUCCUGGCGAGUGGCGGGUUGGCCAGGCACAAUGGCGUGACGAGCGACGAACUGGAGGUGGUGGUCAAUGCCACCGGGGACCGGUCGCGCACGGUCAGGAUCAGGGAGUCCGCCGUCCCGCGCAGGUGCCUCGUCUGCAAGGCGCAGGCAAACAAGCGGUGCCCAGUGUGCAAGGUGUUCUACUGCAGUGCCAAGUGCCAACUCGAUGACUGGCCCUCGCACCAGACAACCUGCGGCGUCCAGAAAGGGCAGCCCAGCCCUUUGCAGCAGCGGACAACAGCAGACGAAAAACAAGGGGCGACGCAGGCACGCCCAUGUGGCCAGGUGGGUCAGUCCCAGUCGGUGGAGAGACAGACGCCCGGCCCCAUCAAGACAAAGCUGCCCAGUCCGAAACCCACACCAUUGCCCGCAGCCAGGGAACAGCCGAUUGGCGAGGCGAGGAAAUCCGACGAAAGGGUCGGUGCCAAUCCUGCAAUGCCUGCGAAGGCAGCCUUUCUCACACCCAAAGGCCCGCCCGUCAGGGCCGAGCUUCCAAGGGCAGUACAGCUGGAGCCAGCGUCGCUGCCCAUGGACGAGUCUGUCGAGGUGACUGUUUGCUACGGUACGGACCUCUCGGAGCUGUUCCUGCAGCGUGCCUCCUCCCUGCCGGCCCUGAGCGAGCUGCAGGCGCGCCUGCAAGCGGUGUGUUUCACGGGGGGUGCCUACCGGCCCUCCCCGGGGUCCGCCUGCGCCGCCCAGUUUGAGGACGACGGCCAGUGGUACCGGGCACGAGUGGCAACGCUGCGCGACGGGCGCUGCACGGUCUACUUUGUGGACUACGGCAACAGCGCAGACGUGGCGGCGGCGCAGACGUGCCCGCUGCCCGAGGGCUGCGCGGAGCUGCCGGAGCAGGCGGUGCGCUGCGGGCUGUAUGGGGUGCGGCCGAAGGGUGGUGGCGGAUGGGGCGAGGGUGCCACCCUGGAGCUGGCGACGCUGAUGCAGGGGCGCCUGAUGGCCAGGGCAUGCCGAGUGGCCGGCGGCAAGCACGAGGUGGAGCUUCGUGCCCACGAUGGCCCCAGCCUGAGCGAGGUCCUGGUUGCCAAGGGCCUGGCCGAGAGCACCCUACCGUCUCCGCCAUCUGCCCCGGCGCCCCGCCGCCUGGCCUCUGUGCUGGGCCUGGCGAAGCCCGGGGAGGCGCUGAUGCUGCAGGUGACGGCGUCCAAGGAGGGCCGCAUCUGGGUGCUGGUUGCCCACCCCGGGGUCACCACGCAGCUGCUGGAGGUGGAGCAGGAGCUCAACGAGCGCUGCCCCAAGAUGGCCGAGGGAGCCUCCCCUGCGCGCGGUAUUUCCAGCGGGGACUACGUGGCGUCUAAAUCGCUCGAGGACGGGCGCUGGUACCGUGCCUGCGUGGCCCGCGCCACCCCUGCCGGUCACACUGUUCGCUACGUGGACUACGGGAACGAAGAGGCCAACACCCGCGUGGUGCCUCUGGACGAGAGGCACCUGAAGGUGGGUGCAGCCUCCGCACGGCUGGAUGCCAAGGACGCCACGUCCCUGCCCCUGGGCGCCACCCUCUCCUUCACCGUGGGCGCGGCGGCCGGCGACGGUGCCGUGCUGCACGGACAACUGGUCUGCGAGGACGACCAGAAGACGCUUGGGACGGCCACCUUGUCCCCCUGGGAUUCGGGGCUGGGAGGGGAGGCCCCGGCCGCGCCCCUGGCCGUUCCCAAGGCGGCUGCCAAGGUGGAUAAAGUCGAUUCGAAGCCCAAACCAGCCGAGCCAGUCGAAGAAGUCAAGCCCCGCAGCAUGGUGCAGCCACUCCUCCCGGAGCCCCGUGUGCUCGACGUGCCCGUGCGGCCGCUGCCGGCCGCCAAGCGGCGCAUGCAGGCGGUCUGGAGGACCCAGGACGUCCUGUUCCUGCACCAGGAGGACCAGGCGGAGCAGCUGGCGGCCAUGAUGGUCCAGCUGAAUGCCUGGGUGGGCGAGGCGUCCCCCCCUGCCCCCGCCGGCCGCCUGGCCAAGGGAGACUACGUGUGCGCCCUCUUCAGCCAGGACGACACCUGGUACCGCGGACAGCUGAUGAGCGACCGCUCGGCGGAGGGCAGCUUCCGGGUGCUCUUCAUCGACUACGGGAACAGCGAGGUGGUGCCCCUGGGGUCCCUGCGGCCCCUGCCGCCCCGCUUUGCGGAGCAGCCGCUCUUUGCGAUGUGCGUGGUGCCCCAGGGGGUGAGCCCCUUGGAUCCCCGGCUGGAGGGCCUGCUGUCCGAGCAGCCCUUUGCGGCCGUCCAGGUGGGCUCCCAGAAGGGCGUCCCCGUGGUGCGCCUGGUGCGCAGGGACGGCACCUGCAUCAAUGACAUGCUCGCCGGGCAGGACCCGCAGACACCACCCAAGGAGGCAGCCCCGGCGAAGCAGGCUCCGGCAAAGCAGGCUCCGGCAACCCCGCCCGCAAGCGCUCCCACGAGCGCGCUUGCCAGCGCACUUGCGGCUAAGGUUCUACCCAAGGCGGCCGUCGUGCACACCAUUGCGGAGUGCCCCAAGCCCCAGGGCCGCUUCGAGGCGCUGGUUUCAACUGUCGACAGUAACACCGUCUACGUACUGCCGAUUGCACAGAGGGAUGCCCUCGCCCGGGUGUCCCAGGCCCUGGCGUCUGAAGGGGAGCACUCGGCAACAGCCAUGACAAAGCUGCCGAUGCCGUCCCAGUGCGUGCUCGCGCUGUACUCUGCCGACAAGCUGUGGUACCGAGCAAGAGUUCUGUCGGCUGACCACGAUACCCGCCAGGUGCAAGUGCGGUUUGUUGACUUCGGCAACGUGGAGACGGUGUCCGUGAAGGACGUGCGGCCCCUGCGGGAGGAGCUGGCACGCGAGCCCGCCUGCGUGCUGCCCGUGGUGCUGGCCGGGGUGGCGCGCCUGGCACCCAACGCAGUGGACCUGCUUCCCGCCGAGGUGCUCACGGUGGAACCGACCGACAACGCCAGUCCGCCCAGCGUUCGUCUCAUGCACGCCGGCACCUGCAUCAACGACAGGGUCGCGAGUCAGCCGGAGCCUCCAAAGAAGAAACUCGCGGACAACCCCCUCCCGUCGGGCCGAGUCGCGGCCACGGUGGCACACAUCGCGCUGCCAGACGGCCUCUUCUACCUGCAGCAGACGAGUCUGGCCUCCGGCCUCCUUGCCAUGAUGGAGGAGCUCAACGCCAGUGCAGCGACCGCACCAAAGCCCGCUUCACUCAAGUUGGGAGAUGCGGUGUGUGCUCGCUAUGCUGUGGACGGGCUCUGGUACCGCGGCGCCGUGGUAGAGCCAGCCAAGGACACAGUCGGUCCUCUGAAGAUCCUCUUCGUCGACUUCGGAAACUCGGAAGACGUGCCCAAGGCGGAUCUGAAGGCACUGCCAGAAAAGUUUGAGGCAGUGCCGCUGUUCGCCAACUGCGUGGUGUUGGACGCGGUUGCUUCCGUGAGCCAGGAGUGUGCCCAGCAGUUGGUCAGCGCCGAGGUGGAGGUAGAGGUGGCGGAUGCGUCCUGCCAGCCACCGAAAGUGCGCCUCUAUGUCAACGGCUCCUGCAUCAACGAAUUGGUAGAGUGAGUGGCGGUGCGGCUCUCAUUUCGUUUCUACAGAGUGUACAUAACUCUAUUUGUUUCGCGAGGGUCCGUGGCCUGAGGGGCCUGUUUUCGUUUGUGAAUAAAUGAUUGGCAGUGCCAGUGAAUACAA